AUGUAUGCUGUGUCUAUUAGUAAUGAGGGUGACUGUUACCCGGUGUUCCCGCCCGACCCGGGCAUUGAGACUGCUGCUCUAGGUACUGGUGAGGCUGCUGCUCUAGGUGCCAGUGAGGCUGCUGCUCUAGGUGCCAGUGCGUCUGCGUCCUCAGGUGCUGGUGAGUCUGCGCUCGCAGUUGCAGUCUCCCUGGCAGACCCCUCUGGGGGUCUUGUCCUUUCUCACUUCUCCACUGUCCUCCCGUGUCCGGCGGCCCCCUCUGGCACCUUGUCUGGUCUUUACCUCCCCUCGUUCUCUACGAACUUGGUGAGUGGUGCUGACCUACAGGAUGCGGGGGUUCACCAGUUUACUCUUGCGCGUCAGCGGGUGACCCACUGCUCGGAAGCUCGCAAAGGCCGGCACCUGGCGACGGUUUACCGCGUCGGCCGGGGUCGAGGCCUGUACACCCCGACCACUGAGUCUCCUCCUGUCCCUGCGUCUGGUCAGGUAGCUGCGUCGGGUCAGGUGUUUGCUGCAGCGUCCAGGUCUGGUCCUGAGUCUGCCCCCUGCUCGUGUCGCCUCCUGUCUCACGAGACUCUCCUCUGGCACCAGCGCCUUGGUCACCCCUCCCUGCCUCGGCCUGGCCCCACCUGCGUCCCCUGUGUCGAGGGGCGGCUGCGGGCUGCCCCUUGCUCCUCUCAGUUUCCCCCGACAGAGGCCCCGCUGCAGACGCUUCACAUCAACGUGAGGGGCCCGGCCCGCGUCCGUGGACAGGGUCAUGAGCGUUACUUCCUGUUGGUGGUUGACGACUACUCGCGUUACACCACAGUAGGCGAUGCGUCUGCGUUCCGUGUCUGGGGAUCUCGGGCGUUUGUCCGCAACUUGUCUGCGGACAAGCUGUCCCCUCGUGCUGCUCCUUGGGUCUUCCUUGGCUCCCCCCUUGACGCGCCAGGGUGGCUGUUCUACCACCCCACCUCUCGCCGUGUUCUGUCCUCCCAGGACGUCACCUUUGACGAGUCGGUCCCCUACUACCGCCUCUUCCCCUACCGCACUCCGUCCCUCCCCCACCACCGCUCUUCCUUGUGCCAGGUAGACGCAGUCGAGCCUGUCGAGGUUACUGGUGACUCUGGUGCUGUUGAGGGUGCUAAGCCUGGGGGUGCUCACUCUGGGGGUGCUGAGCGUGUGGGUGCUACGCCCAAGGGUGCUGAGCGUGAGGGUGCUACUACUGGGGGUGCUGAGUCUGGUGGUGCUGAGCCUGGGGGUACUACGCCUGGGGGUGCUGAGCCUGGGGGUGCUGAACCUGGGGGUGCUACGCGUGGAGGUACUGAGCCUGGGGGUGCGGAGCCUGAGGGAGCUAGGCCUGCUGGUGCUGUGCCUGGCGGUUCUCCGGUGCGCUGGAGGCGAGCUGCUGGACCUAGAGGUGCUGCGGGUACUGGAGGUUCUGUUGCUGCUGAGGGAGCUUGUGCCACGGGUCUCGGAGGUGCUCGUACUGGGAGUACUGGAGCUGCUGGGCUGCGGGUACUUCUGGAGCUGGAGCUACUGCGGGUGUUGGCGCGGAGGCUCCUGCUGUCGGUCCUCGAGGCGGUCCUGCUGGGGGUACUACUGGUGCUGCUGGAGGUACUGGAGCUGGAGCUGCUACUUGUGCUGGUGCUGCCACUGGGGGUGCUGGUGCUGUCCCUGCUGUGUCUGGAGUCGCCGCGCGGCCUCGGCCGUACUUCGUUCCGCUCCUUCAGCAGGUUCUUGGUCUCCCGUCUUCUACUGGUCCUCCUCCUCCCUUAG